UCGUCGGAGAGAUUGGAAGGACGCGAGAAUUCUAUUCGAUUGUGUGCGACCUAGGAACAGAAAGGGAGAACAUUUUCAAGGACCCUCGGUUUCUUCGUCCCUCGAGGUUGGCGAGGGAAUCGAACGCCUGCCGUCGGACGCUGCCUGGCCGUGCUUCGAUCUUGGACCACCGAUCUUGCGGAAGUACGGCUCGAUUUGCCGCGACCAAGGAUCCGUUCUACCGUGCCUCGUCCAUUUUUUCGUCCUAACUUGGAUAGCCACGAAACCGGAGUGCUUCUCAUGUGUCAGUGACAGUUCUGUGUGUUCCGGUUUAAAUUUCUCGUGCGAUGUACCCAGACCACGUCGUCCUCGUCUUCCAUCUUGCGUAGUCGGAGCUCGGAACUUGACGAUGGAGUGCCGCAAGGGUCGACGGAAAGGUCUACUCAGUGGCCUGGUGUUUGCGUGGCUGGUAACCAGCGGUUGUACCGUCGCGGCGCGAAAUAUAGAUAGGUACGACACCGCGUACGCCUGCGAGGGGAAAACAUUGUGGAUCGAGUGCGGCGAGGGAAAGCUGAUCCAUCUUAUCAGAGCGAAUUACGGAAGGUUCUCGAUAACGAUAUGCAACGAGCACGGGAACACCGACUGGAGCGUCAAUUGUAUGUCACCCAAAUCCUUCCGGGUGCUCAACAGCGAGUGCAACGACCAGCAGAACUGCAGCAUUGUUGCAUCGACGCUGCAAUUCGGCGAUCCCUGUCCCAACACGCACAAGUACCUCGAGGCGCAUUAUCGUUGCCUGUCCGCUGCAACAACCACGACAACGUCCCGUCCGAGUCCUCCGUGGUUCAUGACUUCUCAGCCGAGCGUUUGGAGCACGGCUAAGCCGACUGUCAGGCCUCCCUCGAGGAUUACGACACCCUCGGCUCAGCAACCGCCGCAGCCACCAGCACCGUCCACCCCGGCGCUCCCAAUAACCACCACUCCAAGUCCGAGGUCGCCGCUCGAUAUGGAGGUCGAAGUGGACCAAGACUUAAUAUCUCCUGCGAAUGUUCCGUCUGCGAAUACACCGGCGAUGCCUCCGAUCGUUCCCGAGACCACUCAAGCCACAACCACGUCGACCUUUGCCCCUUGGAGAACGAGUCGAAGGACCACUGUGCCGAGUACCUUAUACCCGGAGUCGAGCUCGAACGGGCAAUGGUACGACUACGGCAGACAAGUGUGUCCCCCGGUGAUAGCCAGGAACCUGUCGUGGAACACGACCAGGGCGGGCGAUGUCGCUGUUCAGAGUUGUCCAGGCGGCGCGAACGGUUUGGCGCGUUGGAGAUGCCUUGCCAGAGGAGACACGGCAUUCUGGCACAGGGACAGCCCGGAUCUGAGCGAGUGCCGCUCCGUAUGGCUCACCACGCUCGAGAACAGGGUGACGGAGGGCGACGUGAUCCUCGGGAUCAGCCGCGAACUGUCGCAGGUGACCAACAACAGCAGAGGGCUUUACGGUGGCGACAUGAUGAUCACGACCAAGAUCAUCAAGAACAUGGCGGAGAAGAUGGCGCAGGAUAUAAGAACGUAUCAGGACGCGAAUCAGAGGGAGGUGAGCGUGACCGAGCUGCUCCAAGGUGUCGUGAGGACGGGUAGCAACCUGCUGGACAAGGCGCAAAUGGCGUCCUGGAAGGAUCUGAGCCAUCAGGAGCAGAUGAGAGUCGCGACCUCUUUAUUGAUCGGCCUCGAGGAGAACGCGUUUUUGCUGGCCGACACGUUGAUGCACGAGAAAACGAUCACUCACGAGGGAAGGAACAUACUGAUGGAAGUACGCGUGUUGGAUGCACGGAACAUCGGUGACGAUUUAGAGAUAUUCCCGACAGAGGCAGCUCAACAGAGGUGGACAGCCUCGAACGAUCGUGUCGAGUUAACUAGAGGAGCUUUGCUAGAGAACAGCGAGGGUGGCAUUGUCCGUUUGGUCUUCAUGGCCUUUGACAGGCUUGAGGAGAUCUUGCAGCCGCAAGCCGAGGUGUCAUCGUUGGUCAUGAACGACGAGCAGCAACCAUUACCGAAAAGGAACACGACCAGGCUUCUAAAUAGCAAAGUGAUCUCCGCGUCUUUAGGCAAAGGAAGGCAUAUUCAGCUUAACGAGCCUGUCAGAGUCUAUUUCAAGCAUCUAUCUAUAGAGAACGUUACCAAUCCGACUUGUGUAUUCUGGGAUUACAUCUUAAGCGCUUGGUCAGAGGAGGGUUGCGAAAUACGGAAAACCAACGAGACUCACACAGUGUGCGAGUGCAAUCAUCUUACAAAUUUUGCCGUUCUGAUGGACGUUCACGCCGUCAGAUUGGACAUAGCUCACCAGGUCGCGUUGCAAAUCAUCACCUAUAUCGGCUGUAUCAUUUCCGUGGUUUGCCUGGUUCUAGCAAUUCUGACCUUUCAAUUAUUUCGCGGACUGAAGUCGGACCGAACGACCAUCCACAAGAAUCUCUGCGUGUGCCUGUUGAUCGCGGAAAUUUUAUUCGUUUGCGGAAUCGGGCAAACGAACCAGAGAAUUGUCUGCGGUAUCGUCGCUGGAUUAUUGCAUUUCUUUUUCCUUUGCGCAUUCGCCUGGAUGUUCCUCGAAGGGUUCCAAUUAUACGUGAUGCUGAUCGAGGUGUUCGAAGCGGAAAAAUCAAGGCUACGUUGGUAUUAUCUGAUCGCUUACGGUGCUCCAUUACUGGUCGUGGCCAUUUCUUGUAUAAUCGAUCCUCUCAGUUACGGAACCGAUCGAUAUUGCUGGCUACGAGCGGACAACUACUUCAUCUUCAGCUUCGUUGGACCAGUGAUACUCGUUAUAUUGGCGAACUUGGUAUUUCUUUCGAUGGCGAUUUAUAUGAUGUGCCGACACGCGAACACAACCGUAGCGAUGAAGAGUAAGGAGCACUCACGAUUGGCCAGCGCAAGUGGAAAGGAAGAGAAUGCUCUUCCCAACAAAUUGCAAGCGCACUUGGCAUGGCUGAGAGGAGCGAUCGUCCUUGUCUUUCUGCUGGGACUCACCUGGACCUUCGGCCUUCUCUACUUGAACCAAGAAUCCGUAGCGAUGGCGUACAUCUUCACCAUAUUGAAUAGCCUGCAGGGGCUGUUUAUCUUUGUGUUCCAUUGCGUUCAGAACGAGAAGGUGAGGAAGGAAUACAGGAAGUUCGUGCGCCGCCACUCCUGGUUGCCCAAGUGCCUAAGGUGCUCCAAGACGGUGGCCGGAAGCUCCGGUGGUUCUUCCGGUACCAGCGGCGGCGGUGGUGGCGCAAAUGGCGGCAAGGACUUCGGCUCUCACAACACCUCGUCGAAUCCGUCGGCGCCCACCACAGACAGCUCCGGAUUGUCGCCGCACGCCGCCUCCAAUUACUUGGCGUCCGGUCGAAGCUGGGCGAUUGUCGAUAGGCAGCCGGCAGUAACAGCGCCACGUGAAUCCUCUUCGACAGAGGCUCACAUCGUGGCGACCCUGCCCUACGCCCGUCACGCCUUCUUACCCUCAGCUCCCAAUAUCCCCAAAUCUGCCACCGCCACUUGGGGCCACCUUAACAAAAACCUCAUGUGGAAGAACAUUUCUUUUAAAUCGUAUUCCCGGGACUCCGGGCACGGCGGUUCCGAGCAGGAAGACUCGCCCAGGACGCACAACACGAUGACCCUGGGCCACUCCGGGCGGAACCGCGGCGCGAGAGGGAUCAACGAGGGGAACGAGAUGAGCGGCAACAGGACGACCGGUGGCGGCGGGGGCGGCAGGCGAGCCGCGUUGCCUUACAAGCACAAAUACACGGAGAUAAUCGACGGGCGCGUGAACGGGCCGGGCCAUCAUCAGCUGCACGCCCACCACGGCCAACACGUGCACCUGCCGCGGGAUCUGGCGAACGAGGACGAGCCCGUCUACGAGGAGAUCGAGCGGGGAGGCGGGGGUGGAGGCGGCGAGAUCCAAGUCUCGGACAUGUCGGACGAGGAUGGGAGGAGGCAGAGCGACAUGAGCAGGCAAUCGUCGAGAAGUUACGGCGAUCACAGGCCGUUGAUCCCUUACUCGCCCGCCACCGAUAGAAAUCUCAUGCAUUACGGGCAAACGUUGACGGAUCGCGGAGGCGGAGGAGGGAAUAUCCAUUGUGACGAGUACAGCCCCGCGUUCGAGAGGACACUCAACACUUGUUGGGAGAAGCUGAGGAAACAGCAGGCAUGGUACGAGAGGGGCGAGCUGCCCCGGCUUCCGGCCAGUUACGGUAUACCGCCUCAGCCGGAUCACACGAGAACAGUCGCGGUUCUGGACGGGCACACGGUCGUCUGUCAUCUGCAGCCGCAGACGGACAUGUAUACAGGCCGCGGGAUGCCACCCCCUUCGUACAGCGAGUGUUAGGACGGUCCCGCCGUCUUCUUGUCGUCCUCUUCGUCUUCCUGCACGAAGGAUGAUGGAUAAGCUUUCUCGCUCUCGAGACCGCGCCGUUUUCGUGGCAAUUGGCAAUCGAUCGAUGAAGAAGAACACGAUCGUGCGCUUCUUCGUUGCUCGAGGACCAUGUCGUACUACUCGAGGAUCGGAUCUCUGCGCGACACGUUCAUUUCCGAGAAAGGAUCGCGCAAGAAGGGGGUUGAUCGUCGAUCCCUCAACCUUGAACAACGGUGGUUCGUUCCUGAUAACGAAGAAAGGUCCACGAUACGAUCGACGCGUCUCGACCUCUACGCGUUCGGCACGGAUGAACGAGAAUCGUGAACGAGUUUCUAGCUCAAACUUAAAACGCAGCGACUACUGGUUGCCGCGUUUUCUUAGCCAUAAGCGGGCACGGCCCUAGCCGGCCGUUCUCGACUCUUCUUUGUUUCUGUUUCCGUUUAUAUAUAUAUAUAUAUAUUUUUUUUUCCUUUUCGAGAAUUGCGUGCACCCGCGUGGCGCAAAUCCACGCCAACGGACGUGUCUGUCGUCUCCAGUUCAACAAUCGUGCGAGUGUGUGACGAGAAAAAAAAAAAAAAUAAAAACGCCGAGGAUUUGUGUACGAUAGUGUGAAUUAUUACGGAAAAAAAGAAGAAGAAAAAAAAGAAAGAAAAGAAAGAACAAUCACGUACAAUCUUGUUGAAGUUGAUCGAUAAUCGUCGUUGUACCGUCGAAGCUGUGCUCGGGCUUUGGAAUUGGCUCAUUGACAAAAUGACGCGGAUACGAUGUCGUACGGAGAACGAUAAAACGUGACGAGUCCUCUUCUAGGUUUACUUAAGAUUAUCCGCUUACAGGGAACGCUUACAGAGCUCGGGGUUUCGAGGUGUACGGAUUGUCAAUGAUUCGUACGAGAUGAUCGUUUAACGCUCGUAAAUAAUGUCGGAGAUUAAUUAUUUUCCUUCCGUUCUUCAGGAUCGUUGUUCCCGUUCGUUAUCGAUUAUUUAUCCUCGAAGCCUGUCCUCCGUACGCGUUUACGUAAGAUCGAGGCGAAAAUUUCUUCCUCGAUGAUCUCGUCGAUGCUGGCAACGCUCGUUAACGAAAAAAAAAAAAAAAAAGAAAAAAAAAAAAGAAAAAAAGCGAUUCGAGAGAGUAAUAAUAAUGAGACAUAUCGAGAUCGAUGAGAAAGUUUGUGGAUAACACGAGGGCGGGAAAAAAAAUCGUUCGUUAACGGCGUCAUUCGAUCGAGAGAGAGAGAAUUCGAUUUGGAUCCCCGAAGGGAAUCAACGACGACACGAUAAAGGAAUCUGAAGCCCAUGUUUCCUUUCGAACAUGUCUCGACUUUCAUCGAACCACGGGGGCACGGGGAGGGGGGAGGGGGGAGGAGGGGGACAGCGUUCGAUGACAUAUCGCGGAAUUGCUGAUCGAUAUCGACCUCGCCAUAGGAAGAAAACUAAAGUUAAUCUUAAAAUAAUCGAUCGACGCUUACUUCGAUUAAUCAUUAUCGCGUUACAUUAGUGAUCGUACCGUAGAGUUACUUCUAAAGUCGCCAGAUUUAGCUUUCGUGAAAAAUUUCUGCGACACGAUCUUCUUUCGGGAGGUAACGAUUUAUUCGUGAGAUUGAAAAAAAAAAAAAAAAAAAGAAAAGAAAAGAAAAGAAAAGAAAAUCUUCGAAUUCCAGAGACAGAAAAAAAGAAAAGAAAAAGAAAGAAAGAAGGAACGGAAAGGAAUGUCCAUUUUAAGAAAGAGUUUUGUAGAGUUUAACGUUAACCGCGGUUUAAAAAAAAAAAAAAAAAAAAAGUACCUUUAUCGGUCGUCCCAGCCAGCUCCUCACUGUACAUUGCUUUGGAAACGUUACGUUUUAGUCCCAGAAUGUUAUUUUUAUAAAUAAAAAAAAUGAUAUAUAUAUAUAUAAAUGUAUAUGUAUGUAUACAGUAACGAUAUUAUAUAUAUAUAUACAUAAACAAAAAAAAAAAAAUACGAGAGAGAAAAAUGGGCGAGAAUUGUACGAAAUACAAGUAUAUAUAUAUAAAUAUAUAUAUAUAUAUAUAUAUUAUAUAUAUAGUGAUACAAAGCGAUUUUCCGAGCGACAUGGAAAAAGCGAAAAAAACUUAGUCACUGUUUUUUACUAUUUUUUAAAGAACAAAAAGGUAUAUGUCGUAAUCGCGUAAUCUAAUGUGUAACUAAGGGAACCCGCGCGCUAUUUAUUUUUUAUCAUCCGUGAGUGUUAUCUAAUGUGUAAUUAGCAACUCGUGUUGAGAUCCGACGAUCCGAUGAUCAGCGAACAACGCUUGAACGAAAUACGAAAUUCGAGAUGUAUCGAGACGAUCGAUCGGGUGAAAUCGCUGUCAUUCGAUCAUCGAAUCGAGGGGCGAAAUUUUGUGCUUGCAAAGAAGAUCCAUCGUCGACGAACGGAAGCGUGAUAUCAGGCGCGACGAACGUCGAGCUCUCUCGACGCGCCAUUUUUGGCUCGAUGUUCGUCACGAACCGAUAUAACAUGAGAAAGAAGAUGUUGGGUUAACUUAAUUGCAAAGAGACAAGGUUCUUCUUUUCCCAAGCUUUUGUUUCUUUUUUUAUUUUUUAUUUUUUUUUCUUUUUAAUCGUAUCAUGGUUCUACGCCAAAUAUAUGAGAAAAUUUGUUAAAUUUUAAAGUAAAUCGUAAAACGUCCUUUCGAUCGAGGUUAAAGCGUUCGAAUUUCCGUUUCCUGUUCAAAGGAAUACGCGAAUACAGUGAAUUCAAUAUACUCUUUCUCUCGGUUCUUUUCUUUUUUUUUCAUUUUUUUUACGUAUCAUUUCCUUUUUUUUUUUUUCUUUAAUUUAUUUCCCUGCUCAGCCGGGCCGGCCGUGAUCCUUCUCUCCGGCAAAUCGUACGUUAAGGCGAAAAUAAAUCUAUAGGCGAAUUAUAAAUAGCGAUAAUCAGCGUUUUAAGGGUACCAGCGUAGGUAAUGCUAAGCGUUACGAACGUUUCCUCCGACUUCUACGAAACGUAAAUUGCUCAUUCUUGACAUCGCGAGAACCCAUUCGCGCAGUUAUCCUGAUUUUUCCAGUUUUUAGAGAUCCUUCGCACAAGCGUAGUUUGAGAUGACAAGCGCAUCCGGAAACCGUUUCUGUCCACGAUGUGUUAAAGGUAGAACGAAAAUACGUCGAGUAUGUAAAUAUAUAUAUAUCAUUUCCAUUUUGCCACGAAAUUCUAACGUCUCGUUUCGUUUAUUCGCGUCAAGCCAGAAUAAAACCAGAAGUUUGUACUCGGUCGCUCGCCAUUCGAAACAUCAUCCGGACAGUGUCGUGUCACAAAAAGAGAAUCGAAUUUUUGCUAUCUUAAACAUUUCUUCUUUUUUUUUUUUCGUUCCACUUUUACAUUCCUUCGUCGUCACGAUAAGGAAACAACAAUCGAGCAAUCGAGAUAUCUUUUUCAGUCAAUUACAGAGCAACGCACCAAGUGUUGAAGUGUUGUUAAUCGGGUAUCGUAUCGAGUCUUCGAGAUUUCGCGUCGUUUAAUCAAAAUAACAAUAACUCUAUGCGAUUUCACAGAAGAUUUCUUAGAAGAAUAACGAUACAAAAUUGGAGUUGAACCAUUCGAUAUGCGAAACCUUCGUGCGUCGUUCGUAAGUGUUUUUUAACCGUGAGACACGACGAUACGAUUCCGAGUGGUCGAUGUAACUCGAUUAAAAUUUCGAUUCGCGCAUCUCUGAAUGAAAGCGUGGAGCGUGUUGCGAUAAAUUUUCGUUCUCUCCCUUGUGUCGUCGCGUCUUUCGCGAACGUCUCGAAUCCGACGCCUCUGUCCGCGAUGCGACAGAGUUUUAGAAUUCUAUGAAUUUUGUACGAGCGAAAGGUCUUGCCCAUGGAACGAGUACUACCUGGAUAAUAUAUCGUAAACGCAGCCACAUUCCAUCCGUUCGACUUGUCGUAAUCGAAAGAGACGGAAGGGGAUAAAUGGGAAGGUGUACUACUACGAGCCAAGUAGACGGGAACAAUCUCGAGCGUAUUUGUGCCUGGAUGAAUAGGCAAUCGAUUUACGAAUUUGCGUAAUUGCGUUAUACCGUUCUUUUUUUUUUUUUUUUUUUUUCUCUCUCUCCUUCGUUUUAUUCUUCCUUCUUUCGUUUAUAUAUACUUAUAUAUAUAUAUAUAUUUUUUUUUUCUUGCAUUGACAACGUAACCGGCGUAACCGGCGGGCCACAUUGAAAAAAAGAAAAGGAAAAGAGAACGCACCGGUUUGAGGAUUUGUUGCGUGCGAAAGGGGAGAGGGAGUGUGUGAGAAAGAGAGCGAGAAACAUUAUCAUUGGAAAAAUCUCGAAAUGAGGUGUACAUAAUGUAAAUAUAUGGCUUUGUACAUGUUGAACACGUUGUAAUGUAAAUGGAAAAAAAAAUGAAAAAAAAGAGAAAUGCGGUGAAGAAAAGUGCGAAAGUGAGAAUUGUGUGUGCAUGAGGAAAUGAUGAGAAAGAGAGGUUAAAAAAAAAAAGAACGAGAGGCGACCGAGACGAUCGAUGUGAAAACAGAAAAGAAUACACUAGAUAAGACAAGUUAUUAGUAAGUAGUGGAUAUUACAGUGACUAUUAUCGUGAUGGCGGAUGCGUGAGGCGGUUUAACUUAAGUCCCAAGCGUAAUUAGUUAAUGUGUAAAUAAAUUAAGCGAGGAAGUAAAGGAAACAAAAAAAAAAAUAAUAAUAAUAACAAAUAUUAAAUGAGAGCCCAAAUAAUCAUUGGAUAUUUAUAAACGAUUCCACUAAAGAGAGGAUAUGGAUAACAAAUGGAUGAAAGAAAAAAAACGAAAAAAAAAGAAAGAUCGAUUAAAUAAUAUGUAAGUUCGGCGAAAGAAAGAGGGAAUGUAAAAAUGAUUAAAUAUGAACUCAAGCACUCGUCCCGUGCGUUAGGUUACUGUUAAACGUGAAUGAAUGGAAAGUUCAUAGGGAAAAGAAGAAGAACACGAAGGUAGACAAACGCGGAAGAGAGGGGAAAGAAGAUUGGAGAAUAGAAGGGGAAAGAAAAAAGAUCAAGAAUGGAAAUGUGCAAAAAUUAAUCAGAUGGACAGAUGUACGAUGCAUGUUUUAUCCUUAGCCGUUUUAUAAAUAUUAACAUCCUCUUCCCUUCCCUCCUUUCUCAUCCCCCUCGCCCGUGAUCUCGAUCCUUCUCCUCUUUUCACGCGAAGCUGAUCUCUCUCUCUCUCUCUCUCUCUCUCUCUCUCUCUCUCUCUCUCUCUCUCUCUCUCUGAUCGAUAUCGACACACCUGUCCGUACUGUCCAAUUUCGAUACGUUCCUUUCAAUCGUAUGCGCUGUCUCUCUUUACUUUUCAUCCUUGUUCUCUCGUCCGCAGCAUCGCGUAAACGAUUUUCUGAACCAGCCACAAUCGUGUCGUCCCUCGAGAUACUUAGCGAUUAAGUUUUUAUUUCGCGUGCAAAAAAGAAAAAAAGAAAAAAGAAAGAAAGAAAGAAAGAAAGGAAGAAAGAAAAAGUUAAACGAGAGGAAAGAAAGAUCAAAAAAAAAAAAAAAAAGAAAGAAAAAGAAAAAGAAAAAAUGCAUUGGAACGGUGAGUGAAAGGAAAUUCAAAGCAAUUGCGGAAAGUAAAUCCACGAAAAUAGGAACGCUCCCUCGCCACGGUAUUCACGUAUGUGCACCGAUCAUCCCUUCCCCACUCGCUCAUCCUUUGAAAGUAUUGGAAUAUUUUUCGAAUCGGCUUUUUACCGAACUAUUUUAUCCAAAGACACGAAGAAGCAAAAAACAACGAUCGAAUUACAAAAUUUUGAAAAAUAAACCGGCGCACGAUUCAUGUUCACAUAGAAUUCGUAAAAAUUCUGUGAUCUUUACCAUUUAUGUUCCCUGUUUAUAAGUGAUAUUUAACGAACGUGUUUAUAAAGGAAAAAAAUACACGGACACGGUUUUAGCAUGUAAUUACGCGUAAGUUUCCCGUGAAUCAUCGCCUGCCUGCGCACGCUACAAAUGAAAAGGAAGAGAAAGACCGAAGAACAAGCAGAAGAAGAAGAAGAAGAAGAAGAAAAAGAAAAAUACAAAUGAACAAGAAGAAUGUAAAAUCUAGGUAUCUCCGAUCUACUAAGAGCCUCCGUUUCUUCAUUUUUGUAUGCUUCUUUAAGACUGUCUGAUACAGGAAAAAAGGAUAAAUAAAUGUGUACCAAUCUCUGAAUAAAAAAAAGAAAAGUCUUA